AUGGGCCCGUGGCUGCGCUCGGGCGGGCUGGUGGCGGGGUCCACGCUGCUGUUCGGGGCUCUGCGCUGGGGGCUGAGCCGCUGCCCGCUGCCGGCUCACGUGCGCCGCGACGCCACCCGCGCCUGGCGCUGGAAGAACCUCCUCGUCUCCUUCGCCCACUCCAUCGUGGCCGGCAUCUGGGCCGUGGCCGUGGCUUGGCAGAUGCCCGAGAUCUUCUUGGAUAUCAUUGAUACAACCCCGCCUUCUGGACAUCUGCUGCUAUGCUUUUCUUCAGGUUAUUUCAUCCAUGAUUCCCUUGACAUCAUCGUCUGCCGGCAGUCCCUAGCCUCGUGGGAGUACUUGGUUCAUCAUUUUAUGGCCACCACCGGUUUAUUCUCGGGGAUUUUGCUGGACCGCUUCGUUGGGGCGGGGCUGAUCGUGCUCUUUGUGGAGGUGAGCAACAUCUUCCUGACCAUCCGGAUGAUGAUGCGGCUGGGCAACCUGCAGUUCCCCACCCUCUACAAGGUCAACAAGUACGCCAACCUGGUGGCUUACUUCCUCUUCCGCCUGGCACCCCAGGCCUACCUGAGCUGGUACUUUGCGCGGUACGUGGAGGCACGCGGGCAGGGCGCCUUCCUCAUGUUCAACCUAGUGCUCCUCGACUUCAUGAUCCUGGCGUACUUCUCGCGCCUGCUGCGCUCCGACUUCUGCCCGGGUGCACGGCAGGAAGGCCCCGACAGCGAGAAAAAGUUCCUCAUAGACUGA